GGACCCUGCCCGACCGGUAUGCAUUUCGAUGAGAAGCUGCAAAUGUGCGUCUAUACGAAAACAUCAUCGUGUGUCGAUGUGUCCAGCAUCUGUGAAUUGGUACCGGACAAGACUAAGUUCCGCAACGAAAAAGAUUGUGCCAAAUAUUAUGAAUGUUCCAAAAAUCUACCAUCCGCUAAAUCGUGCACCAAACAAUUCUAUGAUGUCCAAGCGGAAAAGUGUGUUGACAAAUCGCUGGUCGUGUGCAACGCCCAUCCAAUACCGGAUAAGAUCUGCAACAAAGUUAAGAAUGCCUAUAAAGCAGAUGAGGCGACAUGUCGUGGUUAUUUUUAUUGUCGCGAUUUGGGUAUUGUCGAAGAUUUGGAACCGAUUUGGGGCCAAUGUCCGGAGGGUACAUUUUUCAGUGAAGCCAAACAGGCAUGUGUAAAUCCAAUCGAUGUCAAAUGUGAUUAUAAUCGUUGUGAUGGACGCGGUAAUCUGAUGGUGACAAGUGGAAAAAAUAACUGUCACAACUAUGUUAUCUGUAAGGAUGGUGCACCGGUUGAGGACAAAGAAUGUAUACGUGAUUAUUUCUUUGAUGAAAAAUAUCAGGCAUGUGUUCCGGAUAUUAUCUACUAUGAAUGUUGUGAUAUUAAGGAAAAAAAGUGA